GAAGGCAUUAAUAAACUCUUUCAUGGAUACUUGUAUCAAAAUGAGGAGGCUUCAAGGAAAAGAUGUGAGAAUAUUCUGUUAUCCCUCUCUGGAACAAUGACAGAGAAGCUGAAGAAAGGAUCCUAUGCCAUACCUGGUGGUUAUGUUCUCUUCUCCCAGGACCUUGAAGACAUUGUGAAGAAAUAUAAAAUUCAAGCCAAUAAAGGAGUCAAGGAACUGAGUUUAAUAUUACAAGCUUUAUUACAUUUGCCUGAUUGUCUUCUACCAGAGGAAAGAGAGAAGGCCGUUCUCCUGGCUCAAGAAAUAAACACCAUGGAACAGAAGCAGCGACAGCUAGAAGAGAAGAUGGAAGCAGAGAGAAGGAGUAAUGAAGAGAGGAUGAGACAGAUGAGGGAGAAGAUGGAUGAGGAGAUGAGGCUUCAGAGAGAGGAGGCCGAGCGUGCCAUGGACAGCAAACUGAGGGAGCAGGCUGCUCUGCUGGAUAAGGGCUUUCAGGAGAAGGCUGACAGGAUGUCUGAAGAGAUGGAGGACUUCAGGAGGAAGAAUAAAAACGCAGAGAAGGAAAGUCAAAAACUGUUUGAAAAGAUGAUAGCAAACAUGAACAAAAGACACGCUGAGACUAUGAAUCUGAUGAAGAGGCAACACAGCGAGCAGAUGGAGGCAAUCAUGAGCAUGCCGAAGCCCUCGUCUGACUCCUCCGCUCUGGUCUUACGUCUGCUACUCAUUGGUCUCAGCAGCAUUACCGGUGGCUCACGUCCCUGUUAAAGCAGUCAUCUAUCCCUGUUAAAGCCAUCUGUCUGACAGACGCUUUCAGCCAAAGCAAUGUACAUGCUAGAUUAAUGAACUAGUGAUGGAGGCUGUCCAUCAGGGUUCCAUAUCAUCAGGAGCAAGUGGAGUUCAAUGUCUUCUGUAAUACUGGAAACAUUAUGUGUUUUACAGUGAAUUUCUGGCAGCUGACACUUUUUAAUUCCCUUUAUCUUUAUUCCAAAGACAAAUGAUAUUGUUUGUACAGAAACUGUAUUUUAAUAUUAUUAAUCCCUCCCCAACCAACCCAGAACAAACUGCCUAAUA